AUGGCGUCUGCCGGCCAGAACAGCGGGGACCUGGAGUGGCCCGUGGCCAGAGUGCGCAGCACUUUCGUGGAAUUCUUCGUCGGCAAGCAGCACACCGCGGUUUCCUCAUCGCCGGUGGUUCCCGUGAAUGAUCCCACGCUGCUCAAUGCGGGCAUGAACCAGUUCAAGCCCAUCUUCCUGGGCACGGUCGACCCCAACUCUGACUUCGCCAAGCUCAAGCGCGCCGCCAACUCGCAGAAGUGCAUCCGUGCCGGCGGCAAGCACAACGACCUGGACGAUGUGGGCAAAGACAACUACCACCACACAUUCUUCGAGAUGCUUGGCAACUGGUCCUUUGGCGACUACUUCAAAAAGGAGGCCAUCAGCUGGGCCUGGGAGCUGCUCACAGAGAGCGCCAUUGUGGCGGCGGGCUACGUGCUGCACCUGGGGCGGCGGCCGGAGGGCGAGAUCAGGGUGGGCGAGGCGGUGACCACCAAGGUGGACUAUGCGCGGCGCGGCCGCAUCAUGCCCAACCACACCUUCACACACGUCCUCAACUACGCGCUGCGCAAGGUGCUGGGCGACCACGUGGAGCAGAAGGGAUCCAUCGUGCUGCCCGACAGGCUGCGCUUCGACUUCUCAAACAACGGCGUGGUGGAGGCGGCGAAGCUGGCUGAGGUGGAGGCCCUCUGCCAGCAGUACCUGGCCUCGCCGCAGCAAGUGUACAAGCAGGAGGUGCCGCUGGCGCAGGCUAAGGCCAUCAACGGCCUGCGGGCGGUGUUUGGGGAGACCUACCCGGACCCCGUGCGGGUGGUGUCGGUGGGGAGGCCCGUGGAGCAGCUGGUGGCGAACCCCGACGCGGAGGACAACCUGUCCUACCCGAUCGAGUUCUGCGGCGGCACGCACCUGGACAGCACCGCCCAGGCCCGCGCCUUUGCGCUGCUCACGGAAGAGGGCAUCUCCAAGGGAGUGCGGCGCAUCGUGGCUGUGACGGGGGAGGAGGCGGAGGCGGCCAUCGCGCUGGCCGACCAGCUUGCGGCGGCGGUGGAGGCGGCGGGCAGGCUGCCGGUGGGGGAGAUGCAGGGGGAGGUCAAGGCACUGACGCAGGCAGUGUCGGGCGCCGUCAUCCCCACGGUGCGCAAGGCGGCGCUGGCGGAGGCCCUGCAGGGGCUGACCCGGCUGAUCCUGGAGGAGCAGAAGAAGGCGGCGGCGGCCAACAAGGAGCGCGCGGUGGCGGCGGCGGUGGACGCCUCCGACGCGGCGGCGGCGGCGGGGCAGAAGUUUUUGGUCACCCGCCUGGAUGUGGGGCUGGAUGCCAAGGCGGUGCAGGAGGCGUGGAAUGCCAUCCAGAAGAAGCACCCCUCGCUGCCCGUCAUGUUCCUGACCGCCGGCGAGGACAAGGCGCUCGCGUAUGCUGGCGUGCCGCAGGACAUCUCCAAGCAGCUGUCGGCGGGCGACUGGAUCAAGGAGGUGCUCGGCACGCUGGGCGGCCGCGGCGGCGGCAAGCCCACCAACGCGCAGGGCACAGGCCCCGAGGUGGGCAAGGUGGAUGAGGCGCUGCAGGCGGCAGCCAGCUUUGCCAGCAUGAAGCUGUGA